CCGCCACGUCACCUCUGCGCUCACUUUUACAGCAGAUUUAACUGAUUAUGGCUGAAUAAAUUGACUUUAGUUGAUAACUGUUUCCCUUUAUCACAACUGAGGGAAUAUUUUUUCAACAUUAACUCGUCUUGGAAAAAUUACCUUUCUAUUGAUUUGAAAACAAAGGAAGCAGUACUCAACAGAAAAUAAGCUGGCUUUAUAAAUGACGUAGAAUCUCAACAAUACAGAAGGUAUAACGAGGCAAGAAACAAGUCCUGAUCAGAAGCAAGAAACCCUCAAGGGAACCAUGCGUGAUGUUGCUUUCCACCUGCCUUUUUUUUUUGGGAGCAUAUCCCGUGAGGAUGCAGAUGAAUUCCUCCGGCUGGGAGGGAUGUCUGACGGACUCUUCCUGUUACGUGUGUGUUUGCGUAACCUUGGAGGUUACGUCCUAUCGGUCGUCUUUGAUCAAAAAAUCCACCAUUACACAAUUGAACGGCAGUUGAAUGGGACAUAUGCCAUUCCUAGCGGGAAGCCUCACUGUGGGCCUGAGGAGCUCUGCGAAUAUUACUCAAAGGAUGCAGAUGGACUAUGCUUUGUACUUCGCAAACCUUGCCUUCGACCCCCUGGCGUCGACCCCAAACCCGGAGUGUUUGACAGCAUUAGAGAAAAUAUGUUACGGGAGUAUGCUCGCCAAACCUGGAGCCUGGAGGGCGAGGCACUGGAACAAGCAAUUAUCAGCCAAGCUCCACAGUUGCAGAAACUGAUUGCAACCACAGCACAUGAGAAGAUGGGUUGGUAUCAUGGCAUGGCCACCCGUGAAGAGGCAGAGCGCCGUCUCUACUCUGGGGCACAACCUGAUGGGAAAUUCUUGCUCAGACAACGUCAAGAAUCUGGAACGUAUGCUCUCUCUCUGCUCUAUGGGAAAACAUCCUACCAUUACAGAAUAGAUUUGGAUAAAGCCGGAAAAUUUUCCAUUCCCGAUGGAUCGAAAUUUGAUACUCUUUGGCAGCUGGUUGAAUAUCUAAAGCUUAAGUCCGAUGGAGUGAUAACUGUGCUACGUGAAGCCUGCAGUAACCCUAACCAACCUGCUGAUCCAGUAAAACCUCCAUCACUUCCUAGGAAUAGACUUGGUGCUGCCAGUCUUACCUGCAACCUUGAUGGAUAUACACCGGAUCCAAUUCAAGGCCGCCGAACCCUUCCUAUGGAUACAGAAUCAUAUGUCAGCCCUUACAGCGACCCUGAAGAGUUAAAAGAUAAGAAGUUGUACCUGAAGCGAGAAUGCCUGAUGAUUGAUGAAGUGGAGCUGGGAUCUGGCAACUUUGGCUGUGUUAAAAAAGGGGUGUAUAAGAUGAGGAAGAAGCAGAUUGACGUUGCUAUCAAAGUGCUGAAAAAUGACAAUGAAAAAUCACUGAAGGAUGAGCUAAUGAAAGAAGCUGAAUUCAUGCAGAAACUGGACAACCCUUAUAUUGUGCGAAUAAUUGGAGUGUGUCAAGCAGAACAUCUGAUGUUGGUGAUGGAGAUGGCUGCAGGAGGACCACUUAACAAAUUUCUGUCUGGCAAAAAAGAUCAGAUUUCUAUCGAGACUGUUAUUGAACUUCUCCACCAAGUUUCUAUGGGAAUGAAAUAUCUGGAGGAAAAUAACUUUGUGCACAGGGAUCUUGCAGCCCGGAAUGUACUAUUGGUCAAUCAGCAUUAUGCCAAGAUUAGUGAUUUUGGAUUGUCUAAAGCAAUUGGUGCCGAUGACAGCUACUACAAGGCUCGGACGGCUGGGAAAUGGCCAGUGAAGUGGUAUGCACCUGAAUGUAUAAAUUUCCGGAAAUUUUCUAGCAAGGCGGAUGUCUGGAGCUUUGGUGUGACGAUGUGGGAAGCAUUGACAUUUGGACAAAAGCCAUAUAAGAAAAUGAAAGGCCCAGAAGUUGUUAGUUUCAUUGAAGAAGGAGGUCGCUUGGAUCGUCCUGCUGAAUGUCCAGAUGAAAUGUAUGCUCUUAUGCAGGACUGCUGGAUUUACAAGGUGGAGAAUCGUCCCGGAUUUGAGCUGGUUGAGAGCAGAAUGCGUGACUACCACUAUAAAAUAACACAGAAGCCAGUACCAGUUUGAUAUCAUACUUGCGGUGAUGUUAUACUGACAAGCAUUGGGUUUGAUUUGCUUGUUGGCAUUUUGCAGCAUUUUGCUGCAUCUUAGAGUGUUCAUUUCGUCAGUAGUUAUGGGAAGCUUAACGAAGCUGGAAUUUUAGCAUUCCUGAUCAUCAUGCAAUCUGACUUUAAAUAGAAUAAUUUACAUUAAAAAAAAAAAUUAACUUUAACCUGGUUAUUAAACUGAAAUUAAAUUGAGCCUCUGUGGCUUUUCUAUGACAGUAGUGUAAACAUAGAACAUAGAAAGGUACAGUGCAGGAACAGGCCCUUUGCACCAUUAUGUCUGUUCUAUACAUGAUAUCAAGUUAAACCAAUCUCCUCUGCCUGCACGUGAUCCAUAUCUCUCAUUCCAUGCAUAUCCAUGUGCCGGUCUAAAAACAUAAAAUUUCACCAACAUAGUGGCUUCUAUCACCACCACUGUAAGAAGGACCUGCAGAUAUUGCUUUACACCAAAUAGAGACCACCCCCGCCACCCUUGGCAGCACAUUCCUGCCACCCACCACCCAUUGUGUAAAACGCUUGCUCGGCACAUAGCCUUAAACUUUACCCCUCUCACCUUAAAGCAAUUCCCUUGUCUUUGACAUCUCCAAUGGGAAAAGGGUUCAAAAGAGUCAUCCUAAUGUAAUUGAGAACAAGUGAAAGUGUGAACAUAUUGUGCCAGUAAAUGUAUUUUGCAUUGCAGUAUUUUAGUAAACAAGGAUGAUUCUGUCACAUUGCAGAUGUUUGAUGUAUACGAUCGAAGUUAUAACUGGCAGAGAUACAAAUUGUGUGCACAUUGUUUCAAGGUGAAAUAUUUUUUUUCAAGAAUUUUGUUUGUCUCUAUGAAAAUAAAGAAGUACAACAUGUGAUAGAAAAUGGUGAAUUUGAACUUAUGGUUGUCAUUCUGGCCACAAGUAUCCACGGUUCUCCAAGUGGUGCCUUGAAAGGAGGUUGGGACAAUGAAUAGGGCAGACUAGCUGUUAUCAUAGAGUGGAAAGCUAUGUGUAAGAAGGAACUGCAGAUGCUGGUUUAAACCAAAGAUAGACACAAAAUGUUGGAGUAACUCUCCAGAUAGCAUCUCUGGAGAGAAGGAAUGGAUGACGUUUUGGGUCGAGAGCAAUGGAUGAAGGAAAAUAUUUAUUUUUGUCCCUAAACAGCACAAAUUAACUUGGCUUUGGGGGUGGGGGUUAGUUGAUUUAAACUUUAAACUUUUGUUAUGUCGUCGGAAAAUAUUUGUCGCUGUAACUUUUAUGUGAAUCUUGAACAUUUUGACCGAACCAGAGCUGGGAAUUCUUCACCAAGGUUUGAUUGACCAAGCCUUCCCGAAUAGUAGAACAAAGAUUAACUGAGAAGACUAAUUCCAGAGCAGAAAAUCAGCCUGAAAUCCCCAGGAAUUCAAAGUAAAUUGUUUGCGACAUCCAAGAAUAACUGAAUGUAAUGUCUUGACACUGGAAACAAAACUGUUACAAAGAUUGUUACAAAUGAACUGUUACAAAAACUGUUACAAAUAAGUCGACAAGAAUUUGUGUUGUGUCUUUGGCUACUGUUAUGCAAGUAUGCAUGACUCCAUACUGCAAUAAGGUGACCAUCUCACUUAGUGCAAGUAAGAUCAUGUUGUCACCUUGGGAUCAGAUGGACACAUGGUUUAGGAGAGCACCAAACUUCGUAUUCCCCUGAUUCCACAUGUCACAUGUACCCAUGCACCAGAAAUGCUACUGAUCAAGGCUUUUACUUCCUUUAUCUGUACGACAGCUAUUAUGUUUUUAAAAGGGAUAGAGAUAAAACUAGGUAGAAUAAUUAGGCUCCACAUUUGGAAAGACCAAAACUGAUCUCAAUUCAGUUGAUUUUGUAAAGCCCUCCUCACCAAACAUCUGUGGAUUGAUAUUUAAACUGUCCCAUGAACAAUUCAGUCACAUCACAUCACUGCAGGAGUUCCUCAGGCCAGUAUCCUGGACCCCAACCACUUUAAUCUGAGGGUAUGAAGAAGGAUCUCGACCCAAGACAGAGAUGCUGCCUUUCCCGCUGAAUUACUUCAGCAUUUAGCAACUUGCCCACUGCUGCUGAACUCAUUGUACCCACCCUAAACUAGCAUCUGCAGUUCCUUCCUACACUUUCAUCUGUCUCAUCAAUAACCUGCCUUCCAUGAUAUACAGUAGUUGUAAGUGGGGAUGUUUGCUGUUGAUCACACAUUUUCAAUUCCAUUUUAGUUGCAAGUAAUCUGGCUAAAACGUGCAGGCAAUUCCACUGAUUCACCAAAUAAGUCAUUUUUCCUGUAAUUUACCAUGAAUUCAAUAUUGUGGCCUGAAUAACGGCAACAUUUUUCAAAUCUUUAAAUAAUUGACUUUUUCAAGCAAAAUCAACCAAAUAUGGCCAAUAUAUAAUGAAAAGAACAAUCAUGUCGAACAAUUGAAAUGAACUGGAAACUUUGCAACAGAUGACCUGGACACAACUUGCCCACUGCUGCUGAACUCAUUGUACCCACUCUUUUCUCUCAUGACAUCCAGCGGGGUCAGAAACAUACAGUGGCCUAGGAGCUUAUUCAAAAUUUCCUUUCUGACUUUCUAAAAGUGACUGGACAUAGCCCGUGAUUAACUUUAACCUGAACCAUGACCUUAAACAAGGAGGCUUAACUUGCAACCAAGGAGGUGUUACACUUUCCUUAGUCAUACGAAGAAUGACAUGACUCAUUUAUUUAUCAAUCAAUCAAUCAAGAUAGCAUUUUUAAUAGAAAGACAGUCUGUUUUUCAGGUUUACAAAGGUAUAUAUACUGUAUAUGAAGCAUUGCAACGCCACAGAUUAAGUAUAUUUAUAAUAUUAUUAAUUUAUUGUACAUUCGUUGGAUGAGUUAUCUUGAGGGAAUUUUACAUUGUUAAAUUACAGAAAGGGCCUGAUUUCAUACAGUUCUCACUUUGAAAAGUGCAGCAAAAUCAAACAUAUCUUUUAAACAACGAAGGAGUUCGUGGGAAUUUCACCAAUGCAUUUGUGUCAUAGAAUGCACAGUCAAGUUGUAUCACAGCUUGGGUUGACUACAGCUCCGCACAAGACCACAAGAAAUAACAGAGUUGUGAAUGUAGCCCAGUCCAUCACUCAGACCAGACUUCCCACCAUCUCCACUUUAUACUGCAUCGGGAGGGGAGCCAAUAUAAUCAAGGACCUUCCCCAACCAGGUCACUCACUCUUUUCCCCACUCCCAAUGGGCAGUAGAUAAAAAUGCUCCAAAGCAAGUACCAUCAGAUUCAGGAACAGUUUCUUCCCAUUGUUAUCAUACUAAUGAACAGUUCUCCUAUUAGCUUGAGUUUAAUCCCAAUCCUCCAACCUACCUCAUUGCGGACAUUGGAGUUUUUCAAUGGAACUUUAACAAUAGAAUGCUGAAAGCUAUAGUCAGCACUCUUGUAUUUUUUUUCUUCACUCUGCAUACUAUAUUUGUGUAUGGCUUGAUUGUAUUCAUCAACAGUAUUAUCUGAUUUAAUUGGAUUGGACUUAAAUGUUUUUCACUGCACCUCGCUACAGGUGACAAUAAUAAACUAAUACCACUACCAAGGCGUUAAGUACAUCCUGAACCUUUUCCUCUGUCCAGCCGAUAAACUCUUCCCAGGACAGAGAUCAGAAUCAACAUCUGUUUUGGUGUCAGGCAGGUACCAAUUGAAAGGAAGUAGCUUUUCUGUAUUUACUUAUUUCAAAUUCUCUGUAACUUUGAAUCAUUUUCUCUAAUAUCUCUUGAUUUUCUCCAUUCAAUGAAAAAUAUAUUUUAAAAUAUGACACAAUGGAGAAAGCAGUGCGUGGGAACAGGUUUUUUGUCCUUAUUGGUGUGCAAAGAUGUGGCUACAUGCAGGGAUGGUUGUGGUUUGCAACCCCUAACACCAAAAUAAAAGUUGUAAAAAUGGCAGCUAAA